AGAAACGGGCUGCAACUGCGUUACUGCACUCUAUAGAGGACCCAUCGGUUGUUGUGCUUGCUGACUGGCUGAAGGUCCGUGGCUCCCUCAAAUCAUGGACGAAGCUGUGGUGUGUGCUCAAGCCUGGACUUUUGUUGCUCUACAAGAGUUCUAAGGCAAAGGUAACUAUUGCUAAGAGCAGCCACUGGGUGGGAACAGUCCUGCUGACCUCCUGCCAAGUGAUAGAGCGUCCGAGCAAGAAGGACGGCUUCUGCUUCAAGCUGUACCACCCCCUCGAGCAGAGCAUCUGGGCGCCGCGCGGGCCCCACAACGAGACCAUAGGGGCGGUGGUGCAGCCGCUCCCGACGGCGCACCUGAUCUUCCGCGCGCCCUCGCAGGCGGCGGGCCACUGCUGGCUCGACGGGCUCGAGCUCGCCCUGCGCUGCAGCAAUGCUAUGCUCAGAUGUUCCCGUUCUCGUCCGGAGCAGACUGUCCCCGAUGCGCCGACCACGGACACUAAUAUAUCCCAUGAAGAGCUCGAGAAACAUUUCAACGAGCACGAAAGCUCUCCAAUGUCACCCACUCCAAUAAUGUCAGUAUCCGACUACUCACCUAAAAGAGAAAAAACCAAAAACAUAUCCAAAUGGGCACAAUUCAUGGAAUCCAUAGAUAUCAUGCACCAUGAUAUACCAUCGCCGCCAGAGAAGGACCACCUAUUCACUUUCAGAACCAACGUGAACAGCCCAUCCACUUCAAAAGCGCUCGAACCUAAACAAAACAGACUGAGCAAAAGCCUAGCUUCAAGCCCUUUAAAACUAGAGUUCUCGAAGCUAAAAUGCUUUGAAAUGCCUAAACUAUCGAUAUUAGACAGAAAAGAGAAAUGCAUCUCUCCUUCGGCCAUUGAAGAAAAUCUAGUCAAACUUGUCAUGACAAUACCUAAACGAAGGAGUUCAACGCCAUCUACAAAAAUAACUCAAAAGAGGAUCAGCGAUUUGAGGAAAUCGGGGGCUAAAACGGAUAGCGAAGACGAUUUUAAGGAUAGGGGUAAAACGGAGAUACUCUGCGAUACGCCUGAUAAUAUUAUUAUAAGGACGGCGCCAUCUAACGAGCGCGUUAGGAAAUAUAGCUCGUCUAGUACGGAUGACAUUUGUGAGAAAUAUAGAAGACAUACACCAAUAUCUCCAUACCCCGAAGCUUACACACCAGAAAAAUACUCCCUAAUCGACUACCGAAAACUACCCUCCGCGAGCUACUUAACGUGUCAGACAGAGAGAAGAGAUGACAGGGUGUCUUCACAAAAUGUAUAUGUCGCGGGGAAGAUAGUUUGCAAUGAGGAGCUAGCGGGCGCGGCGUCCGACACGGACAGCGAAGCGUCGCGGACCAUGCCAGAGCCAGAGGUGCGGCGCGGCGCGGCGCAGCGCAGCGCUGAGGACCGCAUCGAGUCGCUCUACGUAGAAGAUCCGGACAGAGAGACGGGCGCGGCCGGCGAGCUGGUAGAAGAAGUGGCAGAAGAAAACAAGUCCCUCCUGUGGUUCCUCCUGAAGCAAGUGCGGCCAGGAAUGGACCUGAGCAAAGUUGUACUACCCACCUUCAUUUUGGAGCCGCGAUCUUUCCUGGAUAAGUUGUCUGACAACUACUACCACGCGGAUAUAUUGGCACAAGCACAGCACGUAGAAGACCCAUACGUCCGGUUCAAGCUGGUCCUGCGCUGGUACCUAUCGGGGCUGUACCGCAAGCCCAAAGGGCUCAAGAAGCCCUACAACCCCGUGCUGGGUGAGACCUUCAGGUGCUGCUGGAAACACCCUGACAGCAGGACCAACACGUACUACGUGGCUGAACAGGUGUCUCACCACCCGCCUGUGUCAGCUUUCUACGUGUCGAAUAGGAAAGAAGGUUUCGUCAUAGAGGGAAGCUUAUUAGCAAGGUCCAAAUUUUACGGUAACUCGACGUCGGCCAUCUUGGAGGGCUGCGCACGCGUGCACCUGCUGACGUGGGGCGAGAGCUACGUCACCACCGCGCCCUACGCGCACUGCAAGGGCAUCGUCAUCGGCACGCUCAGCAUGGAGCUGGGCGGCAAGGUGCACGUCAUGUGUGAGAGCACCGGAUAUAAUGCAGACAUCGAAUUUAAAUUAAGGUCAUUCCUCGGAGGUUCGGAGCAGACGAACCUGAUAUCGGGUCGCAUUAAAAAGGGGAAGGACACAAUAGCCACGGUCGAGGGCUACUGGGACGGCAGGAUCGACAUCAGGGACAAGAGGAACGGGGAGGAAGUGACCCUUCUCGACGUGGCCGUCCUGAAGGAACAACGACUGACUCGCUACCUCAUGAAGUUAGAAAACCAACAGGAGUUCGAGUCCCAGCGACUCUGGCUGCGAGUCUCUGAGGCCAUACACAACGAGGACCAGGUGGCAGCGACAGAACAGAAGACAAUAAUAGAGGAAGCGCAGCGCGCGCGCACCCGCGCCACCAUCGCGCCGUGGGUUCCGCGCUUCUUCCACAAGGAGAGCCACGUCGUGUGCCCUGACGGCGUGCAGGACCAGGGCUGGCGGUACAACCACUCCAACACCAGCCCCUGGCAGCCGUCCGAAGUAUUCGAAUACGAGGAAGACUUCAUAAUCACCUCAGCGAUGGGUAGCACAAGCUCGAUCCGACCCGAGCGACUCGAGCGGCACUCGCUCGACCGGCACGAGCGACUCGAGCGGCACUCGCUCGAGCGACGCGAGCGAUCCGACUCAGACUCGCGGCAGGAGCUCGCUACGAGAUCCAAACAUUCACGAACAUUAAAGCAGACCCUCAACUCCCUCGACACAACCCUUCGAGAGCAGAGCGUCACACUAGAGCGCCUCACGAGGGCCGUAGAGCAACUCGACCGGAGACCACAAGCCACCGGCAGACUGCCAAGCAGCGGCUACAGCUGGGACCUGUUCUCAGGGUUCGUGAUAGCCAUGGUACUGCAGGCGGUCCUCAACUGGUUGUUUUAUAACAAAGACUGAUUACUGCUUUGAGGUUUCUGUGGACACAGAUGGUAAUAACAAUUAUUUGUGCUUAUUCGUUUUUUUAACAUUAGAUAAACGGUAAAUGAUCUUGACUUCGUCUUUUUAUUGAAACACGCUUUUAAAAAUAGUAACUUAGGAAACCAAAACAAUGUAAAUGAUCAUAAACUUUAAUACCUUUAAACGAGUAAUUCUUGUAUAUUUAUAUAUUUCGGGGAUCUCGGAAUGCUCUAACGAUUUCGAACACAUUUGGUAUAUAGGGGUUUCUGGGGGCGAAAAAUCGAUCUAGCUCUCUGGGAAAACGCGCAUUUUUGAGUUUUUGUAUGUCUCCCGAGCAAAGCACAUAUGAUGUGCCUUAUUUUUCAAAAGUGAUUCAAUAAAAACACACGUCUAAAUAUACCCUUUUGCUAAAAAUACGAAGUAUAGCUUUGGUUUGAUAUUUCUUUAAAAUAUAUUCAACUGAAAUUGUUUUAUUUGAGUUUUGCGUAUAGUAGACCACUGAAGGGUAAAUAGAAGAUUGAACAGUUUCUUGGAGAAAUAGUUUUUAGGAGAAAAAGUAUGAUGAAAUAUUUAGAAAAGCCUUUGGAGUAUUUUUUAGACCGGGUUUCAGAGGAUUUCCAUAAAAAAUUGUCUUCAAUUUAAUAUAAAAUUGCAAUAUAAAGUGGAAACAUUUAUUUAUAAUAUAAAUAAAUUUAUUUUAUGAACUGUCGCCUGCGGUAUUUCCGGACCGAUACGACCUUCAUGAAAAGAGCGUACUCCCAUCUUAAAUGCUGCACUAACAACCCCUCUGGUGUUGCAGGUGUCCAUGGGCGGCGGUAAUCGCUUACCAUCAGGUGAUCCGUCUGCUAGUUUGCCUCUUCUAUCAUAAAAAAAAUAUAUCGUAAUUUGAAUUACGGCAUGAUUAAUGUUAUGCGUUUAUAAUUCAUGUAAUCAGUCUUUAAUUGUAACUUUUUGUGUAUUAAGUUUUUUUAUUGAACAUUGGCAUAUGCAAUUACAAAGUGCCCAUAUUUUGUUGUUUGUAUUUCUUUUCGUAUUAAGGUUGUUAUUUAUUUUAAUCAUAAAUACAUUUUAUCAAUUUAUUAACGUCUUAUUAAAUUUUUACAAUUUCAUUUGUUAUAUAAAAUAGGGCCAUAUUUAGAAGUGGGUAGUAAUGGGGUUGGCCGCUCGAAAGAUUAUACAAAUGGCGCCAGCAUAGGUCUUGCCUGUCAAUCCUACGUAUAGUCAACGAUAAUUUGAAAUAAAGGUGAAUUGUCAAAGAAAACUUUGUAGCGACAGUUAAACUACUGCCAUCUUUCGACACAUGAUUAAAACUUUUAGAACGCCAUUUGACUUUGAUUCACUGUUAUGUGUUAAAUUUGUUAAAUAUCAAAAAGUGGCGCCAUCGCUCGACACGAUGCCCCCAUAGCUUUUGCCUAUGAUCUAAUAGAUGGCGCCACUUUUUGAUAUUUAACAAAUUUAACACAUAUUAGUGAAAGGAUAAGGAUCAAAGUAAAAUUGCAUUCUAAAUUUUUUCAUCAUGUGUCGAAAAAUGACAGUAAAUUUCCUGUGACUACAAAAGUUUCUUUAACAAUCCACCUCUAUUUCGAAUUCUCUUUCGUAUAGUGUAAGUAAAAUUCUUGUUUAUUUAUGGACUGGAUGGCCUCUUUACGGCAAUCGAAUUGAAUAACACGACGAAACAAAAAAAAAACCCUUUUUAUUUUAUUUUACAUUAAACAGGAUAUUAAUCUUACGACAUUCCAUGAAUAAAAAAAACUAGCUAAAGAUCUGUGUCCACUAGUAGUCUAAGUUUGUGUCAUGACACUUGCCAUUGUCAGAACUGACAGUGCCAUGGUGGUUUUAGUCGAAUUCCUUGCCCUCGUGCUUUCCGUAUAGGUAUGUUUCAUUGAUGUCAGAAAAAUGUGUUUUUGUCAUGUUAUAUGCUUUAGGGGAAUCAACUUUGGUCGUCAUGGUUACGUCUCUUGGAACACUUUUUAAAAAGUAGAUGAAUUACGAGACAAAAAAAAGUUGGCCCUUGGCAAAAUAUACGGUUUUCUAAUAUCAAUGUAAGUUGAGUAAUUUUAAGCUAUUUUGGAAUGUUUUCCUUGUACGAGUAAAUUUGCGAAAAGCUUGAUACACGAUUAUUAUUCAUUAGCCGGGUCCACACAGAGUGAGCGCGCGUUUUCCUCGGCCGAGGCACGUCUACACUGGCCGAAUUUUGCGUGAGGAAAUUGUCUCGCGCGUCUGCUCGCUCUGUGUGGACCCGGCUAAUGGUAUACUUGCCUUCAGAUCUAUCCAAGAAGCCAUGGUGUUUAAAAAUAUCUGAUAUCUAUCUAAAUAUCUGCCUUUGAAAUAUUGGUAGAUACAAAGUACUUGUAAAUUAUUGAAGCUAUUUUUAUAUCAGAUAGAGUACGGUAAAUAAGAAUUCACGGAGGAGUGUGAAUUGGUGCCCGAAACCGAUGGCGAGGGUUUAAUUAACACGAAUUCGUAAUUCCUGUACCGCCCGUGGCCCAUCACACUUGUAAGAAAAAAAAUAAAACUUCUUCCUUAUUAAUUGUGAUAAAAAUCGACUUUACCAAAGAGAAUUUGAAAUAGAGGUGGAUUGUCAAAGAAAACUUUGUGGCCACUGUAAAUUUACUGCCAUCUUUCGACACAUGAUUAAAACAUAGAACGCCAUUUGACUUUGAUCCUUAUUCUCUCACUGAUAUGUGUUAAAUUUGUUAAAUAUAAAAAAACUGGCGCCAUCUAAUAGAACAUUGGCCAAAUUGGCAAUUGGCAAGGCAGUAAAUUGACUACUACAAAGUUUUCUUUGACAAUUCACCUCUAUUUCAAAUUCUCUUUGACUUAACGUAGUGGUAGUCUUUAUUGUAUACUGAUCUCCACUGUGUUUUCUUCUAUAUAACCGACUUUAUUAAAAUUAAUUGUAAACACAUUUUGAAUAUUAACUCUUUGCCACGCCUACAGUACGGUGCAACCGUGAACCUUGUCGACAUACACCAAGGUUUAUAUUGGUCUGCAGACGCGCACGUCAUUUGACGUCUAUAGCGCUCAAUGGGUUACUAAGUAAGAAUAAUAAUCGUGUACCAUAUAGCUCGUGUCACCACGAUGACGCGUAGAUUUGUCAAAUAUAACCUUUAAUGACAUGUCAAUACGUGGCAAGGCGCGCGUCUUCGUGAAUGACACGAUCUAUAGACUAUGAAUUAGCCAAAAUUGAGCUUUCAACGUGAUUGUGAGUAGAUUUUUCAUGCCAUUUGAAUAUAUUUGUUAUUUUGCUAAAGUUUAAUGUAAAUGCUAAUUUGUGACGUUCUCAAUCAUAAGGUACCACUAUGUCGCUUACCACAAAGACGAAAAUUGCUUGUAUCUGUAUACGAAUAACCUGUCGGAGCGUUAUGGCAAGCGGUACCUUUUUUUUGAAAAUUACACAUUUAAUUGUUUAAAUUUAAAGCGUAUAAAGACAUAUGUAUAAGGAAUUGUAUAUAAUGUAUUGUUUCUAUGUAUCGACCAGUGAAACUGUUAAGUGUAGAAAUGUGUGUUUCGGGAAAAGGGAAUCUUAAAAUAAGGGAUCUUAAUAUAACCCUUUUUUGCGAAUCAACCACAAAUAGCCCGUAUCCUGGUCAGUUUUACUGUCACUAUGAUUUUUCAAACAAAAACUUACAACAUCACACUACUAUUUUAAUAAAGGUUCUCGUAUUAAUAAAAGUCGUUACGUGAUAUGGGUCAAAUUUGUGGCAGGGGAAAUUGGGGACGGUUGAACCGGCGGGAGACAUGGACCUGUCCAAAGGGGAUCGGAAUGUAAUACAGUAAAACUUCACAAUGUAACUGUUUUAACGGGUUGGCAACGAGCAUGUUGGCUGCAAUAUAGAAAGCUUAAAUUAACCCUUUGACUGUCAAGGACAUACACGAAAACAGCGUCUUCAGCGUCACGACGUGUAUAUUCGUCAAUAACAUAUAAACAAAUACAUAGAUGCUAUACAGGGUGGCCAAAAAAUAAGUGCAUUCCCCUUCCAAAGGUUUUGGGAUUAUACUGAGCAACUUUUACCAUGGGAUCAACCCCGAUAUUGCGAAAAAAAUUUUACCCUCCCAUAGAAAGUGGACUAGCCAUAAUGUAUGAAACAGCCAAAAAUUUUUUUGCGAUUUCGGGGUUGGUCCCAUAGUAAAAGUUGCUCAGAAUAAUUCCAAAACCUCCCUGGCAAGGGGAAUGUACUAAUUUUUUAACUAUCCCCUCUAUAUAUAUGUUAGAAAAAGUGACCAACGCGUCGGCCCCGGGACCGUAAUCACACCAGCGUCCUUUGCGUUCGCUACAGAUGUCUAGACCACUCGGCCACCCGGGCCAUGGCGGCAUGGGUCGAAUUUUCUCAAGUAUGAAAGUCUGAAAGGAUUAUUGAUUAUAUAAUAUAUUUUACAGUACAUAUGGGGCUACUUUAUAGCACUAGUGCGAGAAGUAGCAUAUUAUGUUACUGUGUCGAACAUUUAAAGGGCCAUAUGUACUGUAAAACGUUGUACGAUACAUGUGCGAAUAGGUAAUUCGCAACUCGUGUCGAUUUAAAACACUCCCUUCGAUCGUGUUUUAAUUUAUCGCCACUCGUUUCGAAUUUCCUAUUUUUCGCACUUGUAUCGUAAUGUACUAUAUUACAUUAGAAGUAUUCUAAAUCUAAUACGUAUAACGAACAAAUUUAUGAAUUAUAGGACGACCGAUCUGGACUAGUUGGUACUGACCCUGCCUAUCAGCCGAUGGUCGUGGGUUCGAAUCCCAGUAAGGGCAUUUAUUUCCAUGUAUUUAAGUAUUUGUGACGUUUUUCCGGCCGCAGUCACAUAUAUUAAAUAUGAUGGCGCCCAGGAUACAUUUUUAACACCGGAGCUUGGCGGUCAAAGUUUAAAUUAUUAGUAUUAUUACAGCCUCGUGCCGCCCAAUGUACAUUACGAUGUACACUCAGUUUCGAUGUAAUGUCAACCUUCGCCAAAACAAUUUAUCGUGUAAAAUUUUAACCUAUACAUCUGCUACUACAAAUAUUAUUUUUAUGAAAUAGUGAGGUAUAUGCUAGAUAUAACACGAACAUUCCGCAACUAUUCGGCCACUUUGCCGAACAGUUCUCAUGAUUAAUGUGACUCAAAAAUUUUGCGUGUUAUGCCGAGUAUUCCGCGCUUCGGCCGGCAGAGGCCGAACAUUCGGUAUUCGGCUAAAACCACAAUUCGUGGCAUCUCAAAUAGAAUAAAAUGGAUCCACUCGACUUAAUCACAAAGAAAAAAAGUUUUUUUUGGCGUUUUUAUGGAGGGUUGUCUCACUUAAACAACUUGCCCCACAGAAUCGCGUCAAAAAAUCUUUUUUUCUACUUUUUUCUAAUCUAAACACGAUACGGAAUAUGCUCUUAUAGUGAUCCCCACUAUUUUCGUUAUAUUGUUUAGAAACCCGACCCCAAUUUUGGCCCAAUUUUUUUAGGUCGCCCUUUGCAUUUUUAAAGACCAUUUUUUUUGCUCUAUACAGCACGAUUUAGUCCGCACAUACAAAGCGUUAAACGACGUGGCAUCUGGGGCCAUUUAUGUCGACGUGAUAUGACGUCUUUGGCAUUCAAACGGUUGCCCAGUGUUGCCAAGCCAAGUUCUUCCAAUAAUGAAUCCUUGGAAUAUUUCUGUCGGCUCGCUGCCAUUUUACGAGUAUUAUUGGGUCAUAAACAUACUUUAAAACAAUUGUCUCUUCUGUGGACAGCUUGUGUAUAUAGUUAUGAUAUUAUCUUAUCACACAGGUUAGUAGAAAAAUAGAAUCAAAGUUGGCAGCUAUUUUGAUAGCCCACCCUGUGCAAGUGUUAAGUAAACGUCAUAGUUUCAUAGAAGAUUGACGUAUAAAAUAUCACUUGCACCGUCUGGAAUAUCAAAAUCGCUGCUAACAUAACUUAGUCUGACUGAAGAGGGCUCGAUCAGAAAUUUAAGCUUUAUGUUAACGGCACCAAUCAUGGGACAUUUAGGAGAAAAUUUUGAGUAUUUUUGAUAUUUCACCGACACCUGUAAUUUGUUUUCUACGUAUUUAAUCAAAGCUGUUGCAAUUGGUUUUAAUAUUAUUAACAACUUAAAACUGUGUUUUUUGCUCCAGUCAUGGGUUGUAUGGCGCCGUUAAUUUUUAAACUAACAAACAUCAAUGAAAAAUUAAACUUAGCCGCUCUAUUGCUCUUGUUUAUGGUAAAAUGUUGCUAGAGUUUAAAAAUUGAUGGUAAAUACUUAUUUUACAGGAUUUGUCAAUACCAUCCUAUUACUGGUGCCAGUCCUAUCUUAGGGGGGUUUACUAUAUUGCCAUUAAAAUUUGGAAUGCCACGCCAAUUGUGUGCGUCGCUUCAUUGUGAACCUUGUCGCAACGCACGAAGGUUGAUAUUGGGCUGUCACCGCACGCGUGAAAAGACGUCGUUGGCGGUGAAAGGGUUAUGGGUAUGUCCACAGAAGAGUACGAACAUAAUUGAUGUAUAUGGCCCUAUUCCUUUCUAGUGUAGAUAUUUUUUAAUAAGGUUUGUUAUCGUAAAUGUUGCUAGAGUGAAGUUUGUAAAUGAAUAAAUAAGAAUUUAUCGAA